AUGUCUCUUGUGGGAAUCGCCGAAUUUGCACUUCAACCGCAGAACAUUGCCGCGACGCUACUCUGCAUAACCCUGGUCGCCGUCAUCCACAAACGCCUGACGCAGUCCAACAAGCUCCCUCUCCCACCGGGGCCACCGGGAAACUUCAUCUUUGGCAAUUCUAUUCCCAGUGCCUUUGCAUACCGCAAAUUCGAAGAAUGGACUCAAGAAUACGGACCGGUCUUCACCCUCCGCCAAGGUCGGACAACGACCAUUGUCAUUGGCCGCAUACAAGCCGCGAUUGACAUCAUGGAGAAGGAAGGAGCCGCGGUCGCUGACAGACCCCACAAUAUCUCCGCUGGAGAUACGCUUUCGGGUGGGAUGCGCGUGAUGUUCACACCUGCGGGGGAGAGGUUCAAGAAAAUGCGGAGAGCGCUGCACGCACACCUCCAGCCCAAGAUUGUUGCCAGCUAUGCCCCUAUACUCACGCGAAACGCGAAGCAGCAUAUCCUGGACGUGAUUGACAAUCCCAAUCGACACCAAGACCAUGCUAAGAGGCGAGUAUGA